AUGUCUAUUAGCACAUCAGAACUUGCAUUUAUAUUUGAUCAGUCUUUGGAUCAUAAGAAAGCCAAAGAAGCCGAGUUAACCUUAAGGCAAAAGGAAACGGAACCCGGGUUUUCAAUUGCUAUCUUAUAUGUUGUUGCCAAUAAUGAGAUAAAUAUUUCAACCAGACUUGCGGCAGCCCUUUAUUUCAAAAAUCUUAUUAAACGAAAAUGGACUGAUGAAGACGGAAAUUAUCUUUUACCUUUAAAGGAUGUAAACGAAAUCAAAUCUGCCAUUGUAGAUUUCAUGAUUCAGCUACCUCAAAACUUACAAGUUCAAAUUGGCGAGUCGAUUAGUGCCAUUGCUGAGAGCGAUUUUCCUAAUCGCUGGGAAGAUUUAAUUCUUAAUCUGGUCUCAAAACUGACAGAAAAUGCCGAAACCAAUAAUGGAGUCCUUCUUGUUGCACAUUCGAUUUUCAAACGUUGGAGGCCUCUAUUUAGAUCGGACGACCUUUUUAUUGAGAUAAAACUUGUUUUAAGCCAGUUUACAGUUCCAUUUUACAGUUUACUAGAACUGGUUGACAAAAAAAUUGAAGAAAACAAAAACAACAAAUUGGAACUUGUUAAUCAACUCAAGUCUUUAGAUCUCUUGAUGAAGAUUUUUUAUGAUCUCAACUGUCAAGAUCUUCCUGAAUUUUUUGAAAACAAUAUCGUUUCGUUAUUUGAAAUUGUUUUUAAAUAUCUCACAUACUCAAAUUCUAUUGUAUCUUCUGAUGAUGAGGAUGAAGCUGGCCCGUUAGAAAAAAUGAAAGCAUCUAUUUGCGAAAUACUUAAACUUUACACGGUUAAAUAUGAAGAGGAAUUUCAAAAUUUACUCCCCAAGUUUGUUGAAGCAACAUGGACUUUAUUGACAACAACUGGAACUCAACCCAAAUAUGAUCUUCUUAUUAGUAAGGCCCUUUCUUUCUUGACAUCAGUCGCAGCAAACCCACGCCAUUCUUCUAUGUUUUCAUCUGAUGAAAUUCUUCAGAACAUUAUUAGAAGUAUUAUUUUGCCAAAUGUCACCCUGCAAGAAUCAGAUGAAGAAAUGUUUGAAGACGAUCCAAUUGAAUUUACUCGAAGAGAUUUAGAAGGAUCUGAUAGUGAUACAAAACGGAGAGCUGCAACUGACUUCCUUCGUGAGCUUAAUGGAAAAAAUGAGUCUCAGGUUACUAAUGCCGUUAUGACAUAUGUUAAUGAAUUUUUAAACAAUUAUAACACUAACCGUGAAGAAUGGAAACGCAAAGAUACUGCAAUUUACCUCUUUUCCGCAAUCGCUGUCAAAGGUGCAAUUACAAGCUCGGGUGUGACCAAUACAAACUCAUUGAUUGACGUUGUUGGGUUUUUCAAUCAAAAUAUUCAGAACGAUUUAAUUGAUCCAAGUGUUAAUCCAAUUCUCAAAGUUGACGCAAUAAAGUACAUUCACACAUUUCGAAAUCAAAUUUCAAAAGAGCAACUUAUUAGUUCCUUUGUUCAACUCUCAAAUUUCUUACUUUCUGAGGAAUACGUCGUGUAUACAUAUGCCGCCAUUACAAUUGAAAAAAUACUAAUUAUGCGAAACCCCGAGGACCAAAAAACAUUCAUGUUUGGAAAAACUGACAUUGCACCGGCUGCUAAAGAUCUUCUUUCUAAUUUAUUUAAACUCAUUUUAAGAGGUACAACACCCGAAAAGCUUGCUGAGAACGAAUUUUUAAUGAAAUGUGUGUUUAGAAUUCUUAUUACUGCUAAAGAAUCCACGUCUUCUUAUUCAUUAGAACUUUUAUCUCAAGUCAUUGUAAUUUUAGAAGAGAUAAGCAAGAAUCCCUCGAACCCACACUUUUCCCAUUACACUUUUGAAGUCAUUGGUGCUAUUAUCAAAUAUUCGGCACCCCUGAUUGGAGCUUCUGCAAUCGAAAGUUUAGUUUUUGCUCCAUUUAUGAGACUUCUAUCCCAAGAUAUAUCUGAAUAUGUCCCUUAUACCUUUCAGCUUCUAGCACAGCUUCUUAAUUUUUACCCUGAAUCGCAAAGUCUUAGCCAGAACUAUAUUCAUCUCAUUAAGCCUCUUUUGUCACCUGCAGUUUGGGAAUUAAGAGGUAAUAUUCCUGGCUUAGUAAGUUUAUUACAGGCUAUCCUUUGUCAUGGUAGUAAAGAUGUUAUUGAAAGUGGAAAUUUGGAAGCAUUUUUAGGUGUAUUUCAAAAGCUUAUUGCAUCUAAAGCAAACGAAGUCUAUGCUUUUACAUUACUUCAGUAUAUUAUUUACAACAUACCACCGAGCUACUUGGACCCUUAUCUGAAACAAAUUGGUAUUCUUAUAAUGACGAGACUUAGCAAGUCAGUAACCGAUAAACUUAUUUCCCAUAUUGCUCUUACUGUAUACUUCGUUGCAGCGGCAGAAAAGGAAGGUCUUGGGCCAGAUUAUAUUAUUAAAAUGUUUGAUAUUGUUCAACCUAACGUUUUUGGAUCAAUUUUUGCCAAAUUCAUUUUGCCAACAACUACCAAAAUACAUCUCGUAAGAGACAGAAGAAUUGCUGCUAUAGGGCUGACAAAAAUUAUUACAGAAUGCCAGGCUUUUAUUACAGGGAGCUACAACAAUAUCUGGCCUAGUAGUUUGAUUGUUUUAAUUGAUCUUCUCAAGACCGAUCUUGCAGCACCUAUGGAUGAAUCACCUGUUCUGGAUAUUAAUUCAGACGAAAAUCUUGCAUUUGGGUCUACUUAUUCUCAGUUAACCACUGCAGUCAUUCCACCAAUUAACCCUGCACCAAGUGUGACUAGUGACCCAAAAAGAUUUUUCUUUUCCCAAGUAAAGAGAUUUGAUUCUUUGGUUAAUGGGCAAAUAACUGUUAUGAUUUCCAAUCUUCCUAACAACGUUAGAACCGACCUUGCAUCGAUAGGUUUUGUUUAA